AUGCCCAACCGUGCCGGCAACGGCCAUUCAAAUACCCAAGAAUUAGUCCAUUUGUACCUAUGCUGUUCCAUGCACAAAGAUGGACAGCGCAGUUUCACCAAAGCGAAUUACAAGCUCACAGAAGAUGUCGAACGCUUAGACUAUUAUGUCCCAGAAGGUUAUCACCCAGUCAUGCUAGGUGAUGAAUUCUGCUCUGGCCGAUAUAUAAUUGCUCACGAACUUGGAUUCGCUCAAAGGCACCACCUAAUUGCCCUCAAAAUCUUACAGCUGAAUGAAGCAGAUCGAACUCAUGAAAUUGAAAUUCUCUCGCGACUGGCAAACGCUGAGUCCAGCCUGUCCGGAAAAGCUGUAAUCCAGAGAGUCCUCGAUUCGUUCACAAUAUCUAGACCAAAUGGCACUCAUCGCUGUUUAGUCACUGAUGCUGCAAGAGUCAACAUCAACGAGACGAGGUUACGAUACAGCAUGUUGAGAUGCUUAGAAAAUUUCCAGAUCGGUGGUGGUAUGAGUGAAAGGAAAGAAGCAAUUCGUUUGAAGAAGAUGGCCGCAAGAAUACACUGGAAUACGCGGUUUGACAAAUACGUACAGCAACCACGGGGGCGAAAUGGCCUUGACAUGCUUUCGGUGGAAGAGGAGGAGGUUUUCCAUGACAUGAUGGAGUUGAUGCUAGUCCUUGAGCCGAAGAAAAGAGCUACUAUCGAUGAAGCUGUCGCAAGCAAAUGGAUGCAACAAUGGGGAUCGCCAGAGUGGCGGAGGAUGCAGGAUCUCAUUGGCAUUAAUCUGGGGUAA